AUGUUGGCUCUGAGGACGUUUGUUCUGCUGGGGCUGAGCUGGACGUGUCAAGGUGAGAUUAUUUACUUAUUCUCAACAGAUUUAUCACCAUCAGUAUGAAAAUAAUAAAAGUUUAAAGUGUAAUCGAGCUUUAUCCAGGGCUGUGGAGUAAUGUAAGUUUUCAGCAUAACAAAAUGUUUGGACAGAAGCCUUUUACCUUAAAUCUAUUAGAGAGGACUGAAUAAACUGUGCACCAGAUCAGAUGUAUUUUAAAUUUGUAAUAGAGUUUAAAUUUAAAGGAAUAAGAUUGGAGUAAAUAACUGACAGGGAGAGACAAACUCUAACACAAGAGACCAACAAUAUUAAAGUUUAAUAUUACUAAAAGAAAAAAGUUAAAGAAUUUAUGUCAUCUUAAAAAUAAAAAGCUUUACUGUAGUUACUACCUCUAAUUUUGGAAAACUCAUUUAGGAAAAGUCCAGUGAAGCAGUAAAUAAAGCGAGAGUCAUGGUUAUAUUCUCAGACUUGCAGUCAUUUGGAACCAGUACUGCCCCCUGCUGGUUAUUCCCAUUACUGCAGAUAUAAGGUCCGUUUCAAUAUUCCACAACCGACAGUAAUGACCAAAAGAAUAUUUUUGUAAAGCUGUAGGGAGUGACUUUGGGUUUGUUUUGAUUUGAGCGCCCUCUGUGAGUGAAACUGUAGAUCUUACUGCUACGCUGAUGAUGUCUUGAACACGCCAGGGUAAUUUUGUCCUUUAAAAUAUUCAUUCUGCCUUCUUUAAACACCCAGAGUGUCUCUUAUAGUGAAUAUUUAUGAUGUUAAAUACAAAGAACGGCUUGUUUUUCAGUAAACUGUCUGACUGGUCUGUUACCUAUUUCCCUCCCAGCGGUUUCAGGCUUUAAAAAUUACAACAUACAAAUUAUCAAUCUUACUGUUGAUGACCUCUUAUGCUUUUGAGAGCCAUGCAAAGGCACAAGUAUUGAUUUCAGUCUAUUUGAAAACCUCCUAAAAAUUCCUGACAGGACCUUUAAAGGGCUGUUGAGGUGUUUUUUUGUAAUGCUGAGCGCUCUCAGUGAUCCAAUUUAUUAUUAUUGUGUUUACACAGAGACUAAAUCAGUCCUGUAUGAGGGCAGAUCAUGUCCUUUAUGAUCCUUUAUGGGAAUCAUGACAGACUGAUCAGCAUCUUUAUAUCCUGUGCCUGCACAGACAGCAGAGCUAGCACCACCAGCCUUCGCUCCUCCCAGCAGGUCCAUGUCUACAUGCUUGGGCUGGUUACACAUUAAUCAAUAAAUAGUUAAAGUUUAGUCAGACACCUACCAUCUAAAACUCUUAUCUAGAUAUAAAUACAGCCAAACCACAACCAGUGCUAUCCUGAUCAUCUCCACAUCCACCCUGUUCUGGUUUUAACUCCUCAGUUUGGUGGUAUUUUGUCGUUAACCUCCUCUGCUUUUUGUUUUCAUCCCUUUUUCUUCUUUUUACUGCUGUUAACAGACAUCAAAUUUACCGUACUUCCUCCUGUUUAUAUGAUUAAAGUUAGUCGUGUAGAGUCUGAGAUUAGAGCCACAUCCUUAACAACUGUUUAUUUAUCACUCUAACACUGUACUGAACAGAAAGGCUCUCUCUGCUGACCGAGUCAAACUAAAGUGUAAAAACUCAGCGUCUAAUUUCAGAUCUUUUGUCUCGCUCGUUUCUCUACCACGGUUUUAUGAUCCCGCGCACACCUGCCAAGCCCAUUGUCCAGCUCCAUCCCAUUUCUCAUUACCACGGUGACGACCUUCGACCUUUAUCGAGGCACGGCCCACUUCAUUUCCUGCAGCUAUUCGUUUCUCCUGGAAACUUCCUGUUUAUGUCGGGGCCAUUUCCUGUUUCCUCUAACGGCUCGUAUCAGGAGCCACCUUUCAUGGCUUGACCUGCAUUGUUAUGAGUAGCUGCUAAUGCACUGAAACAAUGAGUGGUCUGAAUAUGUGGGUGACUUGGUCCUGCGAUAAAAGUCUCAGUGUAAGCAGUUUGAACAGUCAGAUAUAUGUGCAGAUGUUAUAAAGGUUGACAUGUUUCCCAUGAUUGUGUUUCAGAUUCUGUGUGAAGCUCACAGUUUGAACAAAGGGGACAAACUUGAUACGUAGACGACUCUCUCAUAAGUUAGACCGUAUAUAUUAUAUACGGUCUAACUAAUGAGAGAGUCGUCUACGUAUCAAGUUUGUAUACUAUAUAACAUAAAAGAUCAAAUACAGUUUAUUACAUUUUGGCCAUGUGUGUUUGUUCUGUUUUUAGCCGCACCUGGAGAUCCGUGGGGCCUUUGUCCAAUAAACAGGAAGUGUAAGGAAAAGUUUGGAGACAGUUCAUGCAACAGAGAGUGUAUGGACCCCGAGUGUCUCAGAGACGGCUUCGACUGCCUGAAGGACAGGAACCCCUGCAAGUAAAAUCAGUUUAAAAUCAUUUUAAACCUGCAUUUAUAUCUAAUGUUAUCUGAUUUAUGACGGUUAAAACCAUCUAUCUGACUGUUUGCAGGCUGGUUUAUAUGUUGGUUAAUCAUUAAUCUUGUUUAAAAGUCAGUAAAGUCUUUACUGAUAAUUUAUGCAAAAUGUAUUUAUCAAAGUCUAGUUUUACAAUCCUCAUUACAAUGUACUAGUGCAGGGAAAAAGUAGAUAAAAUGGUAUUAAGUUUUCUUGGGCAUGAUUUAAUUUGAUUUAUAUAAAAAGUGAAACAGCUUAUUUGUUUUUUACGAUUUCAAAACUAAUGAUUCAAUUGAAUAUUUUUUUAAUUAAACCAUCAGUUUAAAACGAUGGAAGUCUGUCAGUUUCAUAUGACAGAGUAUUAGAACCACAUUAAGAAAGAAAAAGUAAGACUUAAGUCCUUAUACUCUAACCUGUUGUUUAAGAUGACAGUUGUUAAACUUUUAAUGAUUUUAUUAUGAUAUAUUUAUUUUAGAGGGUCACAAAAAGACACAACAUGAGACAAGACUCUAUAACAAGACAUGAUGAGACAAAACAACACACAGCACACCCUUGGUGCUCUGAAAUUUAACCCAUUUGAUUUUUAUGUAAAGGAGACAUGAUGCAGAAAGACACGAUACAACACACAAGAACAAGAGAAGACAUGAUUAAGGAGACUACAGGACAUAACAGGAUCAGACACAUCUGAGAAUCAAACCAUUUAUUUUUAUUCAAUCUGACAAAUUUGACACAGAGCUGUGUCUACUUUCAGUAUAUUAAGAUCCAUCCAAAGUCUGCAGUUGAAACCUAAUUAACAAUAAAACAAGCACAUUUUAUUAUUUGUAGUCACAUGUUAUUGUAAAUGUUCAUUUUCCUCCUUGGUAACAGUUCCACAUCUCAAGCUGUGGUUAUCUUAUUAAAAGCUCUCUAAACCUCUCAACCAAAUCUCUGUUUCUUUCUUUUUCUCUCAGUCCAACCCACAUCCUGUACUGCCGGGACCAUUACGCGAACACCCACUGUGAGCAGGGAUGUGACAGCGGCCCCUGUGGAUGGGACGGCAGUGACUGCUACAAACACCAGAGCCCCCUGUGGGCCAAAGGCACUUUAAUCCUUCACACCAACAUCCCGCUGCAGCGAGGGACCUUCUCUAACAGCUCCCUGCUCUGGGCGCUCAGCGUCCUCCUCCAGUCGCCGCUCAAACUGAGAGGCUCCGCCCCUCUCGCCCUUAACAGGAACCUGUUUGACUUUGAUGCUCAGCAGCUCGCCAGCCUGUUGUCCCAUUCAUCAGUAACGGACUCAAAUGGGUAGGUGCUGAGGGAAAUGACAAGCAUAGUGAGAGCGGUUAUAACUCUUAUUCAAGUUUUCGAAACGUCUUUAGCCGUUAAAGGACUAAUCCACUGAUUUGAGGUUGUUUGUUUAGUCUACAUCUGGGAAUUUAAUGCAUACACAAAAAGCAUAAUGGAUUGGUCAAUAGUGUGAUGCCACUUAAUCUCAAAAGUAUGAUAGUAUGCAGUUUCAAACAUGGCUAAUGUCUAAAGGCUUCUCUCUGGGAUUAAAAGUCUACAGCAGUUUAAUCUGGCUGCAUUUAAACAAGCCUGAUUAUACAGAUGUGGUUGAAUCAACAGCUAUUGUGCAUAAAGGGGUGCAAGUAAGAAGUCACUAUUACUAAAUCAUCCUGUAGGAGCCAAAAUAUAUUAGUUGAGUUUGAUUUCUACUCGGUACGUCACUUCCAGGGAUCAUCACUGAGGGGUGUGGUUUUGGUAUGUUUGGCGGGUUAUUUAAAUCUCAACGGUGUAGUCAGACGAUGGUUUUGGUGAGCUCUGAUAAUUUUCUGUUGACCAUUUUUCAUCAUUUUUCAUCGUUUUUCACCUUUUCACUCGUCCUGUUUUAACCUCAUUUCAGCAUAUCACCCUUUCAUUUGAAGGCAUAGUUUUGGACCUGGCUCAACGUGUUUUCUUUUCUUUUUUUGAACCAUAAAUUACUUUUUUAACUCUAAAACCGGACUGAUAAUUAGACGAGUCACAGAUGCAAGCAAACCUAAACCCCAGCGGCCUUUUUUGUUGAAGGAAAGCAGUCGCUACACACCCAAAAACAAUGAGGUCUAAUAAAAUAUGCUAACUGUAAUAUUAUUAAUGUAACAGUGAACUAGAAGAGGACCAAGCAUAGAACCUUGGGGAACUCCGUCAAGUACAACAAUAACUCCAUCAAGUAUUUCUGUAAUAUUAAGUGUUUAAGGAAGACGGCGUUUUCCUGACACACCUACACCUUAAAAAAAAGGCCUCAGUCAUGACGUACUUGCUCUUUCCCUCUGUUUCCUUCCCUUUCUGUCUUUGCUAGCUCCGUCCUCUUCCUCCAGGUGGACAACAGGCCGUGCUCCCGGCUGCCGGCUACCUGUUUCCCCUAUGCCACUAUGGCAGCCAGUUUCCUGCGCGCGGUACUGUCAGAGAAGCCUUCGUAUUUCCCCACCCGCCCGGAGCUGACGGCGGUCUUCAGUAUAAGAGGAGUCCGAGAGGAAAUAGGAAGCAGGGAGGACACUGUGAUAAAGGAAGUUAAAGGUAGGCUUGCAUGUCCUGUGUCACAAACACACACGCACACAAACGCACACAUCCAGUUUUGAACGUCCUCCAAACAAAACACAUCAAACACCUUAAUGUUUCCAGAGCAUGGACCUGGUGGAGGUCCGUUUGAGAGAUUUACGUUUCAUCAGAUAAAAUUCUGAUUAGUGUGUGAAAGAUUUAGAUCUCAAGACCUUUACAUCCCAGGUGAGGUAAUUUCCUCCUGGACAAACUUGAUAAAUACAACCAGAUACAUGAAACGCUCCAAUAAUCCAGCAGGGAGUCGAAGGCCUGCCAAAGAAGUCCAUCUCAGGACACAAUAUAAGUUGAAGUCCUCAGUUUGUGACCUGUGUGUGGUUUUUUAUGGCUGUUUUUGCCAAUUUCGAAAAAGUUAAGUCAGGUGAAGUGUUCAAAUUUGUGCUGACACUUCAAAAGGAAUAUAAACAAGUUAAAGCAACGUAUCAUGAUCAACUUAUUAUAUAUUUUAAAGCAACAUGGGGUUGAAAAUUUGUAUCAAAUUAGAAACAGGAGAUAAAUGAUUUAUGUCUUUAUAAAGUUGGCAACAUCACUGUUUAUAUCUAUGGAAGAAACCAGAAUAUCUAUUGAUUUUAGAUGCAGUCUAUUCUAACACCAUUCUAUUACAAAUGUUGUCCUGAUCAGGAGGUCUUCAAGAAGUUUUCUUUGCUUUAUUUUCCAUGAACAAUCACCAAGACAGAGGCCCCAUGUGGACACGCAUGUAUACAUUUUCAUCCCUCCAUCUCCCGUUACCAAGAUCUUGACUUCUUUAUCUUGUUAUUGCAGGAAAACCAGCUUUGUUAAUCCGAGAUAUUAAAAAAAGUAUAAACUAAAAUCUGAAUAUUAUGAGAAAACUGUCUUUUAUGUUUUGAGAUAGUGAAGAAUCUGCUUAAAAUCAGUCACUUUUAUUGAAAAAUGGAGUAAAACGUUGUGUGUGGAUUUGGGUGUGGGGUACUUUUUUAUUAGAUGGUGGGUUAACAACAGAAGUGAAGAUGUGAACAACAAUUAAUCAGUGACCAAGAGUAAGAAUAAGGAGAAUAAGUAAAGGGAAAUUAUCAAGUCAUUGGACAUUUAAGGGUUUAAAAAUGUGAUUUGUGUGUUUUUAUUUGGUUAUUUUCAACAUUUUUUAAUCAGUAAAUUGCAAAAAUAAAUUCCUAAUGUGCCAAAUAUGAGGCAAAAAACUACAGAAGAGGAUUAGGGCCACUGGAAAAAAAAGUCUGGGUUUUUUUUAUUAUUCUGAGGAAAAAAAGUCAGAAUUCUGAGAUUUAAGUCAGAAUUAAACUCAGAAUAUUGACUUUUUUCUCAGAAUAAUAAUAAUAAAAAAACAGACUUUUUUUUCCAGUGUCCCUUAUUCUCUUCCAUAGUUUUUUGCAUCAUAUUUGGCACAUUAGGAAUUUAUUUUUGCAAUUUACUGGUUAAAAAAUGUGAUUUGUGUGUUUUUAUUUGGUUAUUUUCAACAUUUUUUAAUCAGUAAAUUGCAAAAAUAAAUUCCUAAUGUGCCAAAUAUGAUGCAAAAAAUCUACGGAAGAGAAUUAGAGCCACUGGAAAAAAAAAGUCUGGGUUUUUUUUUUUUAUUAUUCUGAGGAAAAAAAGUCAGAAUUCUCAGAUUUAAGUCAGAAUUAAACUCAGAAUUUUGACUUUUUCUCUCAGAAUAGUAAUAAUAAUAGAAAAAACUGACUUUUUUUUCUAGUGGCCCUAAUCCUCUUCCAUAAAAAACAGACAUACCAAUUUAUUACUAAUUUUCCAAAUGUCGUGCAGCCCUGACUUUUACUUCCUCUCUCAAAGAGCCGACUCCCACCUGGCUCUGGGCGGUCAUAGCCGUGGCGAUCGGCCUCCUGCUGGUUCUGGCCCUGGCGGCCUUCUUGGUGGUGAGGAGGGUGAGGCGACACCGAGCGGAGAGGGAAGAAAGCCACAGAGUGAGACACCGGUCCACUAUCACAGACAACGAGCCCAAAUCUAAAGGCUUAAUGCCGCACACAGCCCACCAGGAGCAGAGGGUCCGAUCCAUCCGAGAGAAAGAGAAGAUCAGCUUGAGGAAGAAGAAGAAGGCGAAGGAGGCGGAGAAGAAGAGGAGGAGGGAGCCGCUCGGAGAGGAUGCCAUCCGAAUGCGGUGAGUGAAAGGAGAGGAUGUUUUGUCUGCUUGAGUCAUGAAGUCACGUAGAAAAAUAUACAGUGUACACUUAAACAUGUGAGAGGUCAUCCUGGAAGGUUAAAGACAGGGCCGGUCUCUUUUCCUGUCAGCCAGCGAGAAACGACCUUUAUCCUGUUAUUAUAGUGAAACUUUGUCUGCUUCACGAUUGAUAAUUGAUCGUUAAAAAUCAGAGACAGAGUAACUAGAGAGGGAGAGUGCAUUUUCACUCUGACAGGAGGUUUAUCCACUCACAAAUAUAUUUUAAGAAAACGUCAGCUGACUCUCUUGCUGUAAAGAAAGUAAAAGCAGACCUCAUGAAGACCAAAUCAUGUUCUUAAUGUGCCUCAUCAAAAUCCCGACUCUGGUUUUCAGGCCUCUCAAAAGAGACCAGGAUAUAGGAAGCGAUACAGACUUUACCCAGAGCUCAAUGGAGGACAUCAGCGCGAGAUGCUCAAGAAGACAGGAGGACGCCUCCAUCUGUGACCACAGGAACCCAGAGCAGAAACACUACAGAGGAGGAACCUCGCAGCUCCGCAGACCUGUACAAAGUAAGACCUAAAACCCACCAUCCCUUUGUGGUGAAUGUAAAGAUGUCUCUGAUUGGAUAAACACUGAAUUAUACCAGUACUGUGUGUCAGUGUUAAACCUUUAAAUGUAAGUGAAGAGUCAUCUUUUAUGAUUUUUAUUCUCCAGCAGCUCCACCUAGAGGAUGGGAGAGAAACGCCAUGCCUCCCCCUCUGCUCAGUCCUCCACAGCAGGUCUGUCUUUUAUUUUAUCAGCAGAUUUAAUCCAGUUACAUAAAGUCAGUUUUUUAUUUCAGGAACCUGUGCAUCUAAACCUGUAUGUCUGGAAUAUGUCUGUGUUGUAUGUUUGUCUGCAUAUUCGCUCAUUACAUCUUGGUUGUUGUUCACAGUCUGCAGAGUGGUGCGGCCCUGACGGCUCUGUGGUCCUGAUCCGAGCGGUGCGAAGCGGUCUGGACAGAGUGGUCCUGGAGCUGCUGCGAGCAGGAGUGCCCGUCAACAACACUGAUCACACCGGUAACUCACCUCAGUCCUCAAAGAUUAUAAAGUACGAGUGUUGGACUCAGAUCCAUCGAUGGACGGAUCGUAUCUUGUCGCCCAUUUCAAGGAGGAGUAAAGCGGAGGAAAGCGGUCGUGACCAAUGUUUGAAUCAUGAUCAAUUAUUUUAAAAACUCAAAUUUCAAGAUGAUAUUUGUCAUUCAACAACCUUUAAGUAGACGUCUGUGUUUUUGUAUGAAGGCUUGUUGUCAUGAUAUGUUUUGUGAACUUGGUUUUCUCCUCGUGUUGUUAGUUAGUUGUUAUUGUAGCGUGUCUGCGCUGCUGCUGCCCUCAGUCUUCACGUCUGUACGAACUGUAAAGGACAGUAUGAAUCAUGUGAAUCUCUCAAUCAAGCCAUUUUCUGACGCCUGUACUCUGAGGGGUCGAGUAACUUACCCCGUCUCUUCCCUCUUCUCCCACCCUGUGCUCAUCUCUCCAUGGCCUCCAUCCUCUUCCUCCUCCUCCUCCUCCUCCUCCUCCAGCUCCCCUGCUGCCCUCCUCUGACUCAGAACAAAGUUAAUGAGCUCAAACUGGAGUUGACGGACGGAUUAACGAUGCUGCUCACAUUCCCCCUUUAGCUUUCGCUGUCUUUUCGCCUAACCGUGCCUCCAUCUGCCCCUCCAUCCGUCUCGUACCUCUUCAGUCCUUUCAUCUCGUCUCACAUUCGUAAUUUUUGGCUGAAAUAAUUCACCUCCACGUCCCAUCACCCCCUCUGUUCUCCCUCUUUUCUCCUUCUGGGCUUGACUCUGUGGUGUAAUGGUUGUUCAUUGGCUGACUUACUCCCUCCCCUCUUCCCCCUCACCUCCCCUCCACUCACACUGUCUCUCUCAGGGAGAUCAGCCCUGCACUGGGCAUGCUCAGUUAACCACCUCUCCCUAACGAGGACCCUCAUUCGCUACGGGGCCGCCGUGGACCUGCAAGACAACAAGGUGAGUUUCUGCUGACUUUGAUUUGAGCUGAAUAAACUCUAACAUCACUGAAAGUACGCUGAGUUGAUAGUUGUUCCUCCCACAGGGUGAAACAGCACUCUUCCUCUCCGCCCUUCACGGUUGCUACGACACGGCCAGACUCCUCCUCCUUCACGGAGCAAACCUGGAGCUGCAUGAUCGAAGAGGACGCCGGCCGAUUGACGUGGCCAGAGAAGGCAUUCAUCACCAGGUGUUAGAGCUCCUGCUGGCUCAUCAAAUUCAGAGAGGGCCUGUUCCCGUGGAAACAGCCAAUGAGAUGCUGUGGGAGGAGCGUGCUCUGAUGUACUCGCCGUGGGUCGGGGCACAGGGCCUGCCUGGACGGAGCGCCUCUUUCUCUGGGAUUAUAGGUCAUCGAGAUAUGACCCCGCCUCCACAAAAGUAAGUUAAAGGGAUAUUCUGGCGUAAAAUUAAUUAUGGGUCAAACACACCGGAAAACUGAGUUACCCGGGAUUUCCACUGCAUCCGGCUCUGAUCCAGAACGGUGGCAAUUUUUGCCAUACACAUGCAAUACACAGUGGUCUCAGGAGCCAUAAACAAACCUCAACCAAAACGCCACAAAUAAUGCUCAGAACAGCACCUAAUUUCAUCAACAGGACAUAUAGGGUCACAGACAUAGUACUAGACACCAAACAUCUUUUUAACUUUGACUCAUUUCUUUAGCAAAGAGACUAAACACAACUCACCUACUCUCUUCCAGCAGCCGCUUGUUUGUAGUGAGACCUCAGGCCAGUCCAUUACAGACUACAGUGGGGUGACGCAGCUCAAGGAAGAACAUUUAUGAUCAUUUCUUCAUGGAAAUACAAUCAGACCGAGACGCUAAGGCAGAAGAACUACCACGUCUGCAAAAUGAUUAAUAUGAUGAUUUUUACUUCAAGGAAAUGAUAAAGAAAUUAUCAUAAAUGUUCUUCCUUGAGCUGCGUCACCCCAUCUCAGUUGAUGAUGGACUGGUCGAGGUCUUACUCGAGAGGAUGGAGCAUUAUUUGUGGCUAUAAAGUGGCGUUUUGGUUGAGCGCGUGGCUCUCUGUAUUUCUAUCCUGCGGUCGUUACUAAAGUUGGUCUAACUAGAGAAACAAGCGGUCGACAACAUUCAUCUCUCGAGGGGGUAUCUAACUGUGUGUUAUGAUGUGUUUGACCCUAAAUUAAUUUUACGCCGGAAUAUCCCUUUCGUACUGCAUACAUGUUCCGAGACGUCUCUGUGUUUACGCCUUAAGUGGAGAAAAAUACGAAACAUCCCUUUAAUUUAGAGAUAAUGCAAAAUAGUGUUAUUUUUCAGCAAACCUCUUUGUUACAUUGUCUGACAUCAUGAUCACUGACUUGUCUUUCUUCUCAGUGAUUGGUCGAUGAGCCGGGUCCAGUACCCCUCCCCUCAGAACUGGCGGCCACAGCUCAACCAAUCAGCCACGGCGCUGGUCCCUCCGAGAAUCAUGGGCCGCUCGCCUCGGCCAAUCAGCACCUUACAAGAGGUGACCUCGGAGGAUGAGGAUCGUGACAGGCACCAGGAAACCCCCAGAGCCGCAACACCUCACUUCCUGUCGCCCCAGCCCGCCCCUCGGCAGCGUUCCUUUUCCUGCACCCAGCAUGCAUUGCAGCGUCGCUCCAGCGCCCCACAGCCUGAGCCAAACUAUGUGAUUGUGUCAGACAGCUCAGCCCAUGAGCCCAUACAAAGAGUGGUUGUUUCUCCUCCCACAGAUGCUGCGGGUCAGUCAGAUCGUCUGACGGUUGUAAACGGCGAUAACCACCAUCACAGUAGAGCAGAACAAACGGCGCUGAGUUUAUCCAAUUCAGAGCAGAAGGCCAGAGGUGAGAGGUCAAACAACACCGACUCCACACAAACAGCCCUGUAG